AAAUACCUGUUGAUAAUACCUUGGGCAGUUGUGAUAACUCUAAGAGCACAGCUGUUGAAGAAGCUACAGGAACAGAGGAUAACAUUGGUUCUUUAGGUGGAAAUGCAAAUCCUUCCAAUGUAGAAGGGGCCAACUCUCCCUCAGAUUCUGAACUCGAGUUUUGUUUAACAGAUGAGAAGGGAACAGUUAAGGUCUCCAAGAUCCUAAUAAAUGAGCCAGUACCAGUAACAGGAAUUCCCAAACGACUUAAUGUUCUUGUAUGUUGACCAGGAAAAAAAAUUAACAUGACUCUCGCCUCCUUAGCUCUUUACCUGAGAUUUUCAAGUCUGGCUUUCUUGCAAAGAGACCUCAGGAAUCUGUUUCUCUUUACAAGUGUCUUGAAGCAUUUUUGAAGGAGGAACCUCUUGGACCAGAUGACAUGUGGUUUUGUCCAAGUUGUAAGAAGCAUCAUCAAGCCAGUAAACAAUUAGAUCUUUGGAGACUGCCAGAGAUUCUGGUUAUUCAUCUAAAAAGGUUCUCAUAUACUCGAUUUAUGAAGAACAAGCUUGAGGCAUAUGUUGACUUCCCUGUGGAUGAUCUUGAUUUGUCGGCUUACUUUUCCUACAAGAAUGGCCAAUUAUCUUAUCGUUACAUGCUUUAUGCUAUCAGUAAUCACUAUGGAAGCAUGGGAGGUGGUCAUUACACUGCAUUUGUCCAUCCUCUUGAUUAUCCAGGUCGACACUGGUCACCGAAAUAGUACAAUGUAUAGAACUAGUGAAUGUAGGGGUGUUACAGUGAUUGCUGGUAUGAGUUCGAUGAUAGCCAUGUUCAUCCAAUCAGCCAGGACAAGAUAAAGACUUCAGCUGCUUAUGUUCUUUUCUACAAAAGAGUUGUAGAAGUUUAACUUGUGAGUAGUAUUACUAAUUCCUGAGAAUCGUACAGAAGCUAGAUGGUUAGUGAUUUAUUAACAUUUUGCCGUCUUAGUCUAGAAGAUUGUCUGAGACGGUAGCCUUCUUUUAUUUUUACCAUAUUUUCAAAUUAAUUAGAGUUGCCGGAAUGGAUUGAAGGGAAAGUGGAAUUGAAGUAGGUGCAGGAGAUGAUUGUAUCAUGGAAACAAUUAAACAUACCGAAAGAGACCUUUCUUAUACCUGUAACCAUCGGUGAGAGAGAUUUGUAAAGGGGUUGCUUUAAAUCCCCUAAGAAAACAGUAGUUCUUGCCUACUUGUGUAUAAUUCUUGUACAACUGAUGAUUAGAAAUAUUGGAAUUAUUUGAUAGGCAAUAUAUUGGUUAAUUAAUUACA